UUGUUCUGGAGAAGCUGGUAGCGAACUCAGUGAGUGACUGGAUACUACUUCUUCCUCAACUCCCUGUACAACGAGACCGGGUUACAAUGCGUUGUGCACUUCGAUCAUGCUUAUGAAGUACGAGGUCUAUCAGGAGACUUGGAGCGCGACGAGAAUGCCCGUCUCCACUUCCACUCCCAAGAUCCUGAUCAGCAUUCGAGGAGAAGUGAUGCUGCUGACCGAGCUCCAACGAUUCCAUCGGACUGCUGAGAAGUUCUACGCUUUGAGCUUCCAGAUCUCGGGAUGGAGCAGCACCUUCGAGGAGGUCGUGCCGCAGAGGCUCGUCAAAAGAGUUCUGAAAACCGCGAGCUCCUGCCACGAAGGACUGCGUGAUGCGGAGAUGCAUUGCUUGGUUCAAGGGGACACUGUCUACUUCGUCGGAACGACGAUGGCAGCGAGGAGUCGGUGGCUUCGCUUGCAAAGACGCUCUACGUCCAUGAGAUUUUGGGUCCAUGGUGUGGACGGCGAGAACUGGGAUUCAGAGUGGUCGUGUGUCGGGUUCAAAACAGACAAUAUUGACUGGACAUGCAGCUCGAGAAUGAUGCGAUCAGACCUCUCUCGCCUCUCGGCCUUCAUCAUCGUUCCUUCGCUCACCAGCAUCCAUAGCUGCUGCUGCAGUCCGAUAUGAAUUGAAGUGGCCAUCUAUAUCCACCGAGUGGUUGGCCUUUUAGACUCAUGAAAUCUUAUUUAAUUCGGACCUUCGAAAGACGAAGUGUGCCAAAUAUUUAUGUCAGGAAUCUACAGCCUCAUCGAAUAUAUAAGCGUCGUUCCAUCCUUUUUAUUCGACAACUCAGCUCUCUCUCUAAAUACGUGACUCAAUCACUCACUAAAUCAUUU